UUCACCAGGCAGCCAAGGAAGAGGAGGCUCGAGGCCCAGGGUGGGCACCAGCCAGCCAUGGCCACAGCCAAGACCGCCUUGCCCUCCAUCAGCACACUGACCGCCCUGGGCCCCUUCCCGGACACACAGGAUGACUUCCUCAAGUGGUGGCGCUCCGAAGAGGCGCAGGACAUGGGCCCGGGUCCUCCUGACCCCACGGAGCCACCCCUCCAUGUGAAGUCUGAGGACCAACCCGGGGAGGAGGAGGACGAUGAGAGGGGCGCGGACGCCACCUGGGACCUGGAUCUCUUCCUCACCAACUUCUCGGGCCCGGAGCCGGGUGGCGCGCCCCAGACCUGCGCUCUGGCGCCCAGCGAGGCCCCCGGGGUGCAAUACCCGCCGCCCCCCGAGACUCUGGGAGCCUAUGCGGGCGGCCCGGGGAUGGUGGCUGGGCUCUUGGGUUCGGAGGAUCACUCAGGUUGGGUGCGCCCUGCCCUGCGAGCCCCGGCUCCCGACGCCUUCGUGGGCCCAGCCCUGGCUCCAGCCCCGGCCCCCGAGCCCAAGGCGCUGGCGCUGCAACCGGUAUACCCCGGGCCCGGCGCCGGCUCUUCGGGCGGCUACUUCCAGCGGACCGGGCUUUCAGUGCCUGCGGCGUCGGGCGCCCCCUAUGGGCUGCUGUCCGGGUACCCCGCGGUGUACCCGGCGCCUCAGUACCAAGGGCACUUCCAGCUCUUCCGCGGGCUCCAGGGACCCGCGCCCGGCCCCGCCACGUCCCCCUCCUUCCUGAGUUGCCUGGGACCCGGGACGGUGGGCACUGGACUCGGGGGGACUGCAGGGGAUCCCGGUGUGAUAGCCGAGGCCGCGCCAUCCAAGCGCGGCCGACGUUCGUGGGCGCGCAAGAGGCAGGCAGCGCACACGUGCGCGCACCCGGGUUGCGGCAAGAGCUACACCAAGAGCUCCCACCUGAAGGCGCAUCUGCGCACGCACACAGGGGAGAAGCCAUACGCCUGCACGUGGGAAGGCUGCGGCUGGAGGUUCGCGCGCUCGGACGAGCUGACCCGCCACUACAGGAAACACACGGGGCAACGCCCCUUCCGCUGCCAGCUCUGCCCACGUGCUUUUUCGCGCUCAGACCACCUGGCUUUGCACAUGAAGCGGCACCUUUGAGCCCUGCCCUGGCACUUGGACUGUCCUGGGGAUUGGGGAUGGGACAAGAAGCCUGUUUGGUGGUUUCUUUACACGGACAAGUGACACAAUGCCGGGUGGUUUUCCCACGAAUGGACCCUCUCCUGGACUCGCUGUCCCAAAGAUUCACCCAAAUAUCAAAAACGGACCCAUAGACAGCCCUGGGGGAGCCUCCCACGGAAAUCCGACAAGUCUUCAGCCACAGGGAGCCACACAGAGAUGUCCAAACUGUCAUGCAGACCCAGUGAGACAGACCACCAAAUAAACGGACUCAGUGGACACUCAGACCAGCUCCCAGAUGGCCCUGGACAGCAGAAGAGGGUGUGGGGUGAGGCUUCCCAGAGACCCUGGGUCUAGAAAGGGGCUCCUGAAGGUCCCUUAUUGUGGCUGAUAUUAACUGUCAAUGGUUAUGGGUCCUAUAAAAAUGCCCCUCCCAGAUAAAGCUUCAGCGUUUGCCUGAAUUUUUGGGUUUUGGAGGCUGGAAGAU